AUGUCGCGCCAUCAUCCGAAUAUGUCCAUGGAAACUUAUUACGGGAGCGUCCGUACAACCGCCGACGCCAUCAAGCUGUUCGAGGCCUGUCGAGUAGGCACCCUGCCCCGAGUACAACGCCGGUUAUCCGAGAAAGAGCGUCAGGCCAUUCGACCGGGCUCGGUCUUUGUCUGGGAUGAGAGGGAAGCCGGCAUGCGGAGAUGGACCGAUGGAAAGUCAUGGAGCGCCAGCCGUGUAUCCGGGAGUUUCCUUACCUACCGGGAGAUGGAGGGAAAGAGGGCAGGAUUCGGUGGCAGGAGGAACGCAGGGAGGACUCCAGACUCGGCCCGCGCUAGUGACGAGGACCGGGGCUCGGACGAUCACCACGAAGGCUACAGGUACAAGGCGGACGGGCUCAUGAAGCAGUCAUUCAGCAUCACCACCUCUCACGGCCAACACCUCCACCUCAUCUCCUACUAUGCCCGGGACGGCCGGGGUCCAGCCAACCUGCCCGAUCCCUCGAGUGAUCCAGCCCUCAGGCACGUUACCAUUCCCAAGGGCAUCUACCCCGAGUCCAGUGUUAGCGAAUCCUCGGUGCCGGUGACGACGAGAGGUCCCAUGCAGCGACACUCGCCAUAUUCGCAUCCAAGGAACCCUCCGCCCCCGUAUCAUCAGCCCUACGACCCCAAUGUUCAUGCCCCUCCGCCCGGCCCUGGCUAUUGGGGGCCCAUCUCUCCGGUCGCGACACCUCCUUACAACGGCCAUCCCGCCCCGUACCCCCCAGGACCGCCAUAUCAUCCCGACGGUCUUCCUCCACACGCGCCACCGCAUUAUGCUCACCACCCCCAAAACUUCUCUCCUCCUCAACACCACAUGGCCGCCCUGCCUCCUCCACCAGCCGGUAAGCCCGGCAUCCAGCUCCCGCAACCGCAGCCAUAUCCGCAUCAGCAUGCCGUUCAAGCUCCUUAUCCGCCGCCGCUAUCUCAACCCCCGCCACCGGCUUACCACUAUCUCCAUCAACGACAACAACAGCCGCCGCCACCCCCUCAGCAGCAACAACAACCACCUUACCACCACCAAGGCCCACCCCAUCCGAGCCAACAACAACCCAUGCACCAUCAUCAUCAAGGACCGCCACCUCCUCACCACCACUUCCCCUCCCCUCAACUACCAUCCGACGCUCAACACCCCGAGCAUCAACCACAGCAACACCAACACCAACAACCACAACAACAACACCCGAGAAUCGCACCCAUCGACUCCCCAAAGUCUCAACAACUAAUGGCCGCCGCCCGCGAGACACUCAACCUCGAUUUCCGUCUAGCCCACAGCGCAGGCGGUAGUAUCCUCCCCCCUCCGCAACAACAACAACAGCAGCAGCAGCAGCAGCAGCAGAACGCAACCAGCAACGGUACGCCCUUUUCCGGACCAGGAUCUGUCCCCACCCCUCCUCUGCAACCAACCACUUCCAACGGCAUGUCAUCCCCUCGUCAUCAUCAUCAUCAGGAGGGAGGAGCGCCGAGUCUGAAGCCUGUAUUGUCGCCGUUGACUUUACACCCUCCGUUGGCUGCACCAUCACCACAGAAACAACAGCAACAGCAACAAAACGGACACACCACCACCAGCCCCAUCAUUUCUGCAAGUACUAGACCUAGUCUAAGCGCUAUUUUGCUUCCGCCGCCGAAUCCGACGAAUCCGAAUGGCGUUGGUGUUGGUGUUGGUGUCAAGACGGAAUCAUCAUCAUUGUCGAAUGGGGGGGCUACGCCUGCUUGUGCGAGUAAUGGUGGAAGGAGUCCACUGGGGAGUCCUCGUGGGCUGGGUGUUCCGCCGCCGCCGCCGCCGCAUGGGCUUGGGCUUGGGCACGGUGGAUUGGCUGCGGCGCCGGAUGAUAAGGCUUAUGAAGCUUUGAAGGCGCUGAAUAGGAAUUUGUGCACUUAGGCGCCACUUUCAAAGAGGGAUGUGCACACGCAAGGCAAGGGCUGAUCUUGUGGGGGGGUUGUGCUAGGGUAUGCAUGCAUCCGGCACGUUCCGUUCGAUUUUGAUUCUGCGUUUUUU